CUCAGCGACCAUGCCUCCACGCACCAAAUGAGCCCCAGCAUGGACCAAUGCAGAGCUGCAGGACCUCAUAAGUGUUUGGGGAGAGGAGGCUGUGCAAGCACAGCUGCGCUCCAGAAGGAGAAAUUAUGAUACCUAUGGGCAGAUAUCACAGUCCUUGAUGAGAAGGGGCCAUGAACGGGACGCGUUGCAGUGCAGGGUCAAAAUUAAAGAGCUGAGGAGUGCUUACUGCAAAGCUCGUGAGGGAAAUCGCCGCUCAGGAGCUGCCCCCACGACCUGCUGUUUUUACCAGGAGCUGGAUGCCAUACUUGGAUGUGACCCCACUGCCAAUCCUAGGAGCACGAUGGAGAGUUCAGAGCAGGGAGAAGUGGAGGAGGUUGUAGAGGACGGUGACAGUGAGGCUACUGGCGUGGAAGGAGACACCCCGGAGUCCCAGUACACAUGCAGCCAGGAUCUCUUCUCAAGCCAGGAGGAGGCUAGCCAGUCACAGCAGCUGGAAGUUGAUGGUGAGGAAGAAGCUGAGGAUCAUGCUCAGGUGACCUUGACUACUGCAGCCGGAUCACCGGCCUCACGUAGGUUGCAGAACUUGAGACGGAAUCCUAGAAAAUCAAAAGAGGAAUUGAUCAAAUCUGUUAUGAGCCACUACAACAGAGAAAGUAGGAAGACACAGGAAUGGAGAGAGAAGACGUAUGAAUGGAGAGAGAGUGUACAUGAAUGGAGAAAGAGUGUACAUGAAUGGAGGCAAACAGAAAGCAGGAGAAAGGAAUUGUCUGCCAAAAAAACCACAAAGCAGAUGAUAAGCCUCCUGGCUCGCCAAACUGAGUCUUUCGAGUCUCUUGUAGCCAUGCAGACAAAUAUGUACCGUUGUAACCCACAGCCCUCCCAAAGCCCUCUUCCUUGUUCCCCAGUAUUUCCACAAAACAACUUUCUCCAGCAGCCAGUUCCUUAUUAUCCCCAGCUGCCCCCAACACCUGUACGAUCACCUACCAGCCCUGAUAACUAUAAUUCUUACCCUGUUCACUCCACCCCCAUUAUUCUGCAGCAUAGUAAUCCUGAAGUGCAGCAGACAUUGAAUAGUGAUCAAAAUAGGGCAUAUUCAAACCUGUGAAUGUACAGUCCACCACCCCAACCCCCUUGCCUGUUAUGUACUGUAUGUUGAAUAAAGGUUUUUUUUUCUUUUUCACUA